UAGAGCGUUAUGCCAUCCCAAAUAUUUUAAAAAGUAUAAAUAUUUAAACGUCUUUUUUUGAUUUUUCUUAACAAAGUUUGUUGCAACUUACCUCUUUUUCUUGGUGGGGUGAAAAUCGAAUGGUUUUGCAAAUUUGAAAAUAACUGGAGAAACCAAUAAUUUUUCUGACUAAGUCAAUUUGAUGUCCCAUCAACUUUAAUACUUUUGAUGUGCAAGCGGUAUGAUUUUAUGCGGACGUUAAGUCUUUAGAAGCCAUUGAAGUUGAAAAGUGUUGCAUGACGCCCCAGUUGACGGUACCGUAUUCGCUUAGAAACUGCGCUUUAAUGAUCUCGGAAUGACACUAAAACUCGUAAAAGGAAGGUUAAAUAAAAUAGUUAUUUUCAUUUGGUUUCUAAUAUUUUUCAAAGAAUUUCAAUUGAGACGUUCGAAAUCUUUUAAAAUGAAAUAAUGAGAAAUGCGAUAUUCUGAGUGUUUGAAAUUCCAGAAAUUUUAUGGGAAGGCUAGAAAUGAGCUAUAAAUAGGGAUAGCGCGCCGUAAACGAGAGCAUUCAGUGAAUCAGAAGGCUUUCUCGUCUCAACUGAUUUUGAAAUGCCGACAUUUCUAAUCUCUAAUGUUUUUGUUUUGCUAGUUCUUGCAAAUGGUAAGUUUUGUUGGAAUUUCAGAGACGGAUUAUAGUCUCACAAACACAUUUGUUAUCUGCAGCUGGAGUCACUUUUUCAAAAACUUUCUUUAGUUUGGAUCCCCGAAUGAUCGUGGGAGGUUUCCCAAUUGAAAUCGCAAAGGUUCCGUAUCAGGUGUCGCUUCAAAUAGACGGAAGUCAUUUGUGUGGAGGAUCGAUCAUCUCAAGCAAAUGGAUUCUCACUGCAGCCCAUUGCACAAAACUCGGGUAUACCGAUAGAUUCUCUGUUCGAAUUGGAUCGACCAAACAUGCUGGUGGGGGUCAAGUGCUCAAGGUCGUAAAGGUGGUUUUCCAUCCCAGGUACAGCGGUAAUGACCCUGCCAUCUAUGACUUAAGUCUGGUAGAACUAGAACACGAACUUCAGUUCAACAGCUCGAUUAAAAAAAUCAAACUGGCUCGUGGAGAACCCAAGGCCGGAAGUAUGGGCCUGGUAUCCGGUUGGGGAGACACUCAUUCUCCAUGGGAAUCCAAUGCUAUUCUACGAGCAACCCACGUUCCGAUCGUCACUCGUGACGAUUGUAGCAAGGCUUACGGGGCGCGCAUUCCCGAGUCGAUGAUCUGUGCUGGAUUCCUUUGGCAAGGCGGUAAGGACUCGUGUCAGAACGAUAGCGGAGGCCCGUUAGUCAUUGAUGGUCAGCUGGUCGGAGUUGUGUCUUGGGGAGAAGGUUGUGCUCUAGCCGGAUAUCCUGGGGUGUACUCGAAUGUAGCAGCCGUGCUGGACUGGAUCAAUGAAACAAUAAAUGUGUAGGGACAACCAUAAUCUCGAAAUAAAAGUUUACCAGAGAACUUGAUUUAGGAUUAUAGCUGUACUCGUAUCACCACACUCUCAAAAAGUUUUGACCCAAGCGCGGUGUCGAUAUUCAUAAACCCUAUGAUACACACCUGGACCCUCUAGACUUCAGCAAGAACCAAUAAAAGAAAAGUCAAACCUCCCCCUUUAUAUCAAAGUGUCGACACAUCGCUUCUACAAAACUUACAAAAAAAAAAAUCAUUUAAAUAUCAUACAAUUUAUUACAAAAUAUUUUUCCGAAAAUUAUUUUUGAUCUCAACAUAAACUUCAAUCUAAGCAUUUGUGAUUUCGUUGAUCCAGUCGAGCACGGAUGCUACAUUCGAGUACACUCCAGGAUAUCCUGCUUCGGCACAUCCUCGACCCCAAGACACAACUCCGACCAGCUGACCAUCAAUGGCCAAAGGACCUCCGCUAUCA